GCAGUAUAUUUGAGCUGUGGAGAGAUUGUAAUUUAUUUUACACGGCAUUGAAAAGAAUCCGGCUGGCGCCAGGAUUCGAACCCACACCUGGCCAGUCUUGAGAUUCAAAAUAUCAGUAGCUAUUUAUUUAUGAGCUUGGUAAGAUUGCGGUGAUCAAAACGCCAUCAAGUGUACUUUAUAUUGUGUUGAUAAAAGAAAAAAUAGUGAAAUAGAAACUAGAUAAUUUUUGUGUUGAAAAAAAAAAUUGAAUAAUUCAUUGAAUUAAAAAUGAAUAAUAAUAUGCAAAGCAAAGUUGCCAUAAAAGAGGAAAUAAGUGGUGAAAGUGAUGAUAUCAACCGUGAUGUGCUUUCAACCAUUAGAGAGGAGUCUGGAGAAGGUUCUGGAGACGACUCGGUUAGCAUUGAGCCCAAGGAACACAAUGAAACAUGUGAUACAUGUAAUGAUUCGACCCUCGACGAGCCAAAGGAAAUGAUUUACAUUGAAGCUCGCAAGAAAUUGAACAAAGUCAAUCGUAUUUCCAAGAGCACUCUACCGCCGGCCCCAAGGACUCCUUCAAAGAGUGGCGUCAUCCGAGAAUCCAGUCUGGGAAAGUUCAAAGAUAUACAAGCUAUCUUUGAGCGCAAGCUUUUUGGUAACAAAUCGCCUUCGUCGUCUUCGUCUGGACCCAGGAUUAAAUUGUCGCCAAAUAAUAUUGGGAAGAAAUUCGCAGAUUAUUUUACGCUGCACAAAUCUCCUCGUCGCUCGCUCAAUUUCUUGGAUGUUGACAAGGCAACAACUUCAAAAUUUGAUCAAAAGGAUAAUUAAUAUAAUUUUUUAUUUAUAAGUUGAUUUAAAAAUUAAAAUUUCUAAUUUUUUAAUUAUUAAUUAAACUAAAAAUUAAUUUUUUUUAUGUGCAUAUAUUUUUUUAAUUUUUGUAUAAAAUAAUUGUAAUUUAUGUAUUUUAAAAAAAGCAUUUAUUAGAAAUAAAUUAACUAUAAAAUUU